AUGGUGAAGGGUGUGGUGUUGUCGCGUAACGAGCAGGAGUUUCUCUUGCAGCUUUUGGCCCAGGGCAAGCGAUUGGAUGGCAGGGAAAUUGAGCAGUUCAGAGACGUUGAGAUCAAGCUUGGUGAAGAAUAUGGGUAUGUUGAUGUGAAGUUGGGCAGAAGUCGAGUGGUUGUACGAAUAUCAUCAGAGAUAGUGAAGCCCUUUGAAGACAGGCCCUUCGAGGGGAUCUUCAACAUCAAUAUUGAGUUGAAUUCCAAUUUGCUACUUUUCAGCUCAUCGGAUAACGACGAGCUAUUGAUUCAAAGAAUGAUUGAAAAGUCGAUCAAGAGAUCGAAUUCUUUAGACUUGGAGAGCUUGUGUAUAAUAGCAGGCAAAUUCUGCUGGUCAAUUAAAGCAGAUUUACAUUUCAUUGAGUUUGAUGGGAAUUUUAUUGAUAUAAGCAAUUUGGCUGUUAUUGUGGGGUUGCUACAUUUCAAACUAAACAAUGUGACAAUAAAUAAUAACCAAAAUGCCAGUGGUGGUAGCAACAACGAUCAGCAAUAUGCCAACCUAAUUAUCCAUCCUAUAAAUGAGAUAGAUCCCAUCAGCUUGUCUAUUUUGCACAUUCCAAUUUCUAUAACCUUUUCGUUUUACACGAGUACUUCUAGUGGUGGUGACACUGGAGACAAUGACAAAGAUAACGACAAGGAUCAAAGUGUUAUUUGCUUGCUUGACGCGAGUCUCAAGGAAGAAAUGCUAAGACAGAGUUUCUUGAUAAUCACAAUGAACAAAAACAAGGAGGUUUGCCAGAUACUCAAGAAUGGGGGAUUGCCCAUCGAUGCAUUGACCAUUUUGAACUGCUGCAACAGGGCAGUCAAAAUUGUGGACGAGUUGACAGAGAAGAUUAAGAGCACAUUGAAGGAGGACCAGCUCAGACGACUAGAGAACGUUCCUCUCGAUGAGCUCAGAGCCGAAAAUGCUCGACAGACAAAUGAGCUCUGA